AUGUCCUUCAUUCAAUCCGCAUUUAAUUUCAUCUUUCCGAAGAGUCGAGUCACUGGAAGACGGCCUUUUUUUGUAGCCUCUAUCAUUUUCGUAACGUAUUUGACAUUAUUUUCACCUCGUAGGGGGCAUGCAGCAAGCGGUGCUGCUAUUGGAGGUUCCACUCUUGUCUCGGAUCAAAUUGUUUCGGAUGAAGUAACCAAGAAGGUGAGACUAUUGGCAGAAAGAAAGACUCGCGGAGGAGGAGGGCAGUAUGAUAUUAGUACUGAUUUUGAUGAAGAAUAA